AUGCAGCAAGAGAGAGAUAAGAACAAAAGAGAUUGUUGUUGCAAGCUCAUCACUCAAACUGUGAAGGCUUUCUUCGACUGCCUGAGAUUCAGAUUCAGACACUCGUCUUCUUCUUCAGACAUGGUGAAAUCUAAAGCAAGAAAUGAGGAGGAAGAAGAAGCAGAAGCUUCAUCUGUUGAAACUUCAACGAGGAGUCUCAACGUGGCGAGUAAACGGAGAAGGAAACAACCGGUUAGCUCUGGGAAACGAGGUGGUGUUAACGACUACGACAUGUAA